GAGGCCCUCCAUCACAGCAGGGCAUACAAACUAUAUUAACCAAGAAGUCUGCAAGCAAAUCUCUGUUGCCUUCUGAUUCUUAUCAUUUGCCAAGAAAAUGUAUCUCCUCCUAUGCAAAAAAGUUAGUUAAAAAUACAGAGAGAAAACAAAAGUGUACACAGUUUCUAUUUGGCCCUAACAUUCAUCCUCAAUCGGCAUUGGUAUCAAGAAGGUCAGGACAUCAAGAUUGUUCUAAACAUCAAACAAAAUCAGUUCAGAGCCAUGAUGGAAAACCAGACCUAGACAGCUACAAAUCAAACAGUACAAACAAUUUCCUCCUUAUAUCACCAUCCAAGAGAAACAGACCUGUCAGUGCUCCCACAGGUCAGUUAAGAUAUACAAAAUUCUCUUCCUCAAGACUCCAGGAAGCCCAGAAGAGAUCAGCAGUGUCCAAAGUUAUUAAACAGCAACCAAGGGUAAUCAAAGUAACAGCUUAUAAGAAUGGCACAAGGAGUGACUUUACUAGAGUUGCUGUACCAUCCAUUAAACUGCUGCUGGAGGAGUGCACUGAAAAGCUGAAUCUGAACAUGGCUGCACGACGAGUGUUCUUGGCAGACGGCACUGAAGCACUAGAACCUAAAGACAUACCCCAUGAUGCCGACGUUUAUAUUUCAACUGGAAAGCCCUUUUUAGAUCCAUUCAAAAAAAUUAAAGACCAUCUGUCAUUAAUGAAGAAAAUAAUCUGGACAGUGAAUGGUUUGGUUUUUCCUGCUGGUGUCAAGAGAAAGAAAACCAAGCCUGUACUUUCCUAUGGCAUGAAGAGGCUUGUUGAGAAGUCCUCACUCAGAAUUUUGGCAUUUAAGAAUUGCACAGGGCAGGAUGGCUAUGAGAUAAUUGCAGAACAGAAUCAAAUUGAAAAGUUUUUAGAUGAAUGCACAAUGAAAAUGAAUCUUACUUCACCAGCAAAAUAUCUCUACAACAUACAUGGAGAAAAAAUUGAAAAUAUCAUAAAUGCUCAAGACAUCUUCCUUCCUUCCUUCCGCUCAGAC